AUGCCGACGGUCGUGCAGAUAAACCUGAAGCGCAGCUCCCACGCUUCAGCUAAUCUGGGGGUCCUUCUCCGGGAGAAGGACAUCGACAUCGGCCUUAUACAAGAGCCAUGGACUAGGGACGGACAAAUCUCUGGCAUGGCCAUAAAGGGAUACACAACAUUGUUCACAAACUCGACAGAUCUAGCAGUGGCAAGAUUCAAGGCGGCGGAUGGGACAGCCAUACUAAUAGCCUCCGGUUACAUGGCCCACGACGAACCUGCACCACCUGAAGCGGUUAAUAGGGUGAUGCAAUGGGCCGAGGAGACUAAGACGACGCUCAUCCUCGGGUGCGAUGCCAACGCAAGGCACACACUGUGGGGAAGUAAGGAGACAAACGAAAGGGGAAACACGCCCACCUUCAUCUUUCCAAGCACGGAAGGAUUUCAGGGCUGGGAGGAAGUCCUAGACAUAACCCUCCAAAUGGAGCAUAGUGAUUACAAGGUAAGAAAUUGGAGAGUCUCUACACAAGACUCGUUUUCAGACCACAGGUACAUAUUCUUCGAAAUCGUGAUGCCGGUAUAUGAAACGGCGCCGAAGCGAAACCCUCGAAACACUGACUGGGACAAAUACGGAAAGAUUGUACAGUCAAAGGUCAAAGACAGAAGGAUCAAGACCCGAUCCACUCCGGAGAGAAUAGAUAAGGAAGUCGAGGACUUCACAAAUAUUCUGAACAAAGCCUACAAAGAGUCAUGCAGACUAACAUACUCUAAGAAGACAUACCCACCAUGGUGGAACAAAGAGCUAUGCGAGCUCAGAAAGAAAGUUCGAAAAGCCUUCAACACAAGUUACGAAACCAAAGACUGGCAGCCGUACAAAGCAAUACACAAAGAAUACAAAAAGGCAGUCUACGUAGCCAAGAAGGAAUCUUGGAGCAGCUACUGUGAAUCGCUGGAAGGAGUCAAAGACACGGCGAGGCUAAUUAUAGAGCCGGCUGGCUAUGCCUCCGUGGCAGGGGUGGAGACGGCUGGCUGGAUGUCCGUGGCCGGGGGGUCGGCUGAAGGUAGAUGCAGCUAG